CCAUAUUUGAUUACUUCUCGAGCCAGUGAUUCGAAUUAUCUCCAGGACACCACCUUGGAUGUACUAACUGAUGUUAAGCUAACACAAAUAUCCUUCAUAUUAACAACAAUUCAAUGUGCAAUCACCUAAAUUAUCUGUUGCAGUUUUCGUCUACUUUUAUUACAAUGCUGAUUAAUAUGUAUGUACACUUUUUGCUUUCCAUAGCACCGGAUAUUGUGGCAUUUUCCGACCUCUGUGCAGUAUUGUUGGCUGAUAUUCAAGAGCGAUUAAUCUUUCGUGCUCAUAUCUAUGUUAAAUCACAAAUCCUCGGCUUUAUUCCAAGUCCCGGAGAUCUAUCAUAUCCAGAAAAAUUAGAAAUGAUGGAUGACAUAGCAAAGAGUAUUGCGAAACCUGUAGAUCCAAGCGAUUCAUCGGAUAAAGUAAAAGAGACUACUGAAAUAUCUGACUCCACUCAGACAUCGCCUACAUCGUCAGAAACAGUUCCAGAAGCUCAGCCUACAUCUUCUGAUUUGGUAGUUCAACCAGGACCUAACAUGUCUCUUGCUCCAGCGGAUUUACAUGGUAUGUGGUAUCCAACAGUUCGACGUACCUUAGUAUGUCUCUCAAAGCUCAGUCGCUGUUUGGAAACUGACUCAUUCCGUGGUUUAGCCCAAGAAUGUGUGUCAAUGUGCGUUCAGUCGUUGGUGAAAGCAAGCGAUGCAAUCAGCCUUCGUCGGACAGAACUUGAUGGACAAUUAUUUCUCAUUAAACAUCUUCUUAUACUACGUGAACAAAUGGCCCCAUUCAGUAUUGAGUUCUUAGUCAAAGAGACUAGUUUGGAUUUUUCACCAUACAAAAAUGUUGCACGUCAUAUUUGGGAACAUAGAGGAAGUGGUUUGUUUUCACUAAGUCGAGAGAAUGCCUUAUUGAGAUUUUUGUUGGAAACUCCAAAUGCAAUUGAUAUUGAAGUGGAUUCUAGGCGUCAGUUGGAUAGUCAAUUGAAAUAUACAUGUGAAUUACUUAUUGAACAACAGGUAGCACAAUUAACAGGUGAAAUGUCAAAUUUCCUUAAAAGGGUAAGUAUAAAUAAUAUUGGUAAUUAA